CGGCAUAUUCCGGGAAUUGCUUUUAAAAAUUUGCGGUAUAAUGUUACGCACCACCUAUGUUAAAGUGAAACAGAUUUUUUAAGUUUAAAACUGCUGCUAAAUAAGUUUGAAAAAAAUUUGAAAUGAACCAAAUUAAGAUGUUCACAUUUACUGUUAAAAAAUAUUAUUUAAUUAGUAUGCUGGUGGUUGCUGUAAUUAUUUACACGUUGAUAUCUACAAAAACUGUUAGCAACUAUCAAGAACAUAAGUAUACAACAACUCCCACUUAUUCUUACUUUGUUAAAUCCAACUCCAGUAAUAAUAUAAUAAAUAUGUAUACCGAUAGAGAAAUAAGAGAAAUGAUAAUAAAACAGAAGAUAGAAAGGCUUGAAAGGAAAUUCAAAAAGUCCCGUUCGAUAAUUUUAAAUAGCAAGCCGAUGUUGCAACCUAAUUACAACGUCCACACUUUCUAUUAUGCAUGGUAUGGAAAUGUAAAAGUAGAUGGAAAAUAUAAACAUUGGAAUCACAAAUAUAUAGAAAAUUGGAAAAAGGAUAGUCACAAGAAGUAUCCUACUGGUAAACAUCGUCCACCUAAGGAUAUAGGAUCAAACUACUACCCUUACCUGGGUUGUUAUAGCUCGGCAGACGUAAGUGUAAUCGACACUCAUCUCAAGCAAAUAAGUGAAUCGGGCAUUGGAGUUAUUGUUGUUUCUUGGACACCCCCCAAUUUUACCGACUCACCAAGCCACAUAUUACCUCAUCUUUUCAAUACAGCCCUCAAAUAUAACGUAAAGGUCUCUAUACAUGUCGAGCCUUACGCGGGCAGAAAUCCCAUAAAUCUACUGACUUAUCUAAAACAAUUUUUCAUGGAAUACGGAGAUCACCCCGCUUUGUAUAAAAUUAAAAAACCUCUAGCACAAAAAACGGUACCCGUCAUUUACAUCUACGAUUCCUAUCUAAUCCCCGCAGUGGCUUGGAAGGAGCUCUUCAGUACAAAAGGCAAUCUCAGUGUUCGUAAUACAGCCUUCGACGCCAUAUACUUAGGACUGUUAGUAGACAUCCAGCACAAGUACCACAUAAAAAAGUCACAAUUCGAUGGGUUCUACACGUACUUUGCGACUAAUUCAUUCACGUACGGGAGUACGUGGAAAAAUUGGCGCCAACUAUCGAAAUUUGCUACACAGAACGGCCUUAUUUUUGUCCCCUCGGUGGGGCCCGGGUACAUAGACAGCAGGGUGCGUCCUUGGAACGAAGGAAAUACCAGACACAGACGCAACGGACAGUACUACGACGUAGCUUGGCGAACGGCUAUAAACAACAAAGUUUCAUACGUUUCUAUCACCAGCUUCAACGAGUGGCACGAGGGAACGCAAAUAGAACCGGCGAGGCCUAAGAGUUACGGAGGAUUCACGUAUUUGGACUACGGACCCGAAGGGCCCCAUUUUUACUUGAAUUUGACGAAAUCGUGGAUAAGCCAGUUCGAAUUAGGGGUCAAUUGAAUUGACUGUGGCCAUGUUUCUAUGCUAAGUGUCUCUGCUAAUAACGUGCAGGUAAGGAUAAAAGUUGUUGGAAACUCGUUGAUCGUCUUUCUGUGGUAUAACCUUCAUAACUAAAGACAUUGUGGGAAACUACUGUAUGGGCUACAUGCUC